UAGGAAGCGAAGGGAAAGAUGGUGGGAGUGGGCGGGUGGUCAGCGUGACGUGCCGUCCUGUCGCCUCUCUAACCUGGGACAGCCGCCACCAUGAGCAAAAGGAACCAAGUCUCGUACGUGAAGCCGGCCGAGCCCGCCUUCUUGAGCCGCUUCAAGGAGCGAAUCGGCUACCGAGAGGGGCCUACGGUGGACACCAAGAGAGAGCAGCUCCCAGCUCCUGGUGAUGAUGAUGAUGAUGAUAGGAGUGACAAGGAGGAUGAACAGCCAGAGGUGGUCGUAUUGAAAAAGGGGGAUCUGACUGCAGAAGAAGUGAUGAAGAUCAAAAAGGAGAUUAAAGAGAGUUCCAAAGACACAGAUGCUGAUCCUGGAGAUGGGAAGAUAGUGUUCCGGAAACCUUCAAAGCGGUUGUCAGAUGAGAAGUAUUCUGGUUUGACGGCCACAUCAAGUAAGAAGAAAAAAGAGACAAAGAGAAAUUCUCCAGCCUCCCAGAAUACAACUAAGCAAGUGAAAAAUAGCAGCUUGCUUUCAUUUGAUGAAGAAGAAAGUGAUGAUUAGGAAUAGUGUACAUUUAGGUACAGUUUUACUGAGAGGCAAAAAGUCAGAUGGAGUGCAACAUGACAGCAGAAACACAGAGUUUAACUCCUAAAACUUUUAAAAUCCACAUCUGUAGUUGUGCAAUGAAAGUUUGAACAAAAGCUUGUCAAAAAUAAAAUUCUUGCAAUUAUAUUUUUAAUAUCUGUAUAGCUGGCAGAGUGCAUUAAAUUUAUUUGCCAACGAUUUCAUUCUUUUUAUAUCACCAAGAACUUAUUUACUAAAGUUGUAUCUAUACAUACAUUUCUGCCUAUUUAUACCUGGUUUCCCUAACAUAGGAGUAUAAAUUCUGCCUGCCAUGGACUGAAAAUGUAAAAUGUUACUCUGGCAAAGUUUUCUGUUGCAUCUCAAAAGACAGAAAGAAUUGCUGGGAUUGUGAUCACACUGAGUAUAUUGAUUUCAAAAGAGAAACCCCUGCUGCAGAGUUUCCUUUGGUGGAAAAAUGUUUGGAAGUUCAGUGUGUUCUGUAACCAAGAAUGGAUUGUGUGUUGCUACAAAACAUGUAGCAGGAUUAACAAUGUAAAGCUUCAUCAAGGAGCUGAUCUGAAGUUGCUGUGUGCAACAGCUGUUUUUAGUAUAGCUGAUAUUUUAAUGCCAUGAUUAAAUGACUGUGAAAUUA